AAGGGACAGAAAUUUGAUGGAUGUCCCCAAGAAAAAGUGAAAACACCGCAUCCUCCGCCUUCAAAACGACGAACGAAAACGCGUAGGAAGCGGAAAACACGUUGCUCGAGUGAUUCAAGUCAUUUGAGGAGCUUGGAUAUAGAAAAUGGCGGUGAUAGGCGGCCGAAAACGUCUGUGAAACUCCGACGUGGGUCUCUCCCUUCAUCCUCCUCCACCUCGAUUGGGACAUUUGGUUCAGGGAAGGGGCACGUCGAGGCCUGGGUGACUCCGGGUCCUUUAAACAUGAGUGGCCGACAAGGUUCCGCGCUCUCCAGUGUGCGGCUACCUUCUCUUGGACAUUGUUCUGACCAAAAUGGCCCGGGCAGCAUAUUGAAGUCUUCGAACAAUUUGCUUGGACAAAAUGGAGUUGGAAGUGCCACAAAUUCGCAGCUGCUUCUUUCGAAAAAGAAACUGCCGCUUCUUGCUGCCAUCAAACCGUAUAACCAGGAGGCAGAGAGGGAGAGAUUUUUCCAGUCAAACUUCAUGUAUAAUCCACAGUUUGCCUACAGAUGUCAGCCGGAGCCAGACGUCCUCAAGAAGUACAGCACACCCAAUGCAAGAUAUUUAGAUCAGGCAAUCCAUAUCAUGAACACUGCUUUAAAAAGGUACGGAACUUAUGAAGAAUUUGAAAGACGAACAGGAGGUCGGCUUCUCUCAAAAGCUGAGAUCCACACUUUCGCUAGAGAGUAUUUGAAGAAAGAGAGACUUGAAGACAAAGUGUUUAUUAACUUGUCAGAGGACUUGGUAUCUCGAGGCUCGAUGACACGUGUGAAGGGACGGCCGACGUUAAACGUCCGGGUGGACAACGUCCGAGAACAUUGGAUGGAUGGACUUCUACGACAUGAAGUUGGAACUCACUACAUCCGCUCACUGAACAAUCGUUACCAAUCGUGGAACAGCUGGAAGAAGCGUCAAGAGAUGGAGCUAGGCCCUGUCAACCCGACGGAAGAAGGCCUUGCUUCAUUGCAUAGCGUCAUAUUCAGGAAAGAUCCCUGUCUAUGGAGAUCAGCCUUGUUGUAUUAUGUGACGUUUAAGGCAGCAUUUAUGUCCUUUGUUGACUUGUUUGAAGAUCUCGGACGAUUUGUGUCUGAUCCGUUCGUCAAGUGGGAUUAUUGUUUACGUGUGAAGAGAGGAUUAACAGACACAGGCCAGCCAGGUGCAUUUUGUAAAGACCAAGUCUACUUAAGUGGUGCUCUCCAAAUACUUAAACACAGAGAAUUCAUCGACUUCCAUGCCUUGACAAAACUGGGCAAGAUAUCAUUCAAGGACAUCGAGAGAUUACGUGACGUUGGUGACCUCGAGAAUACACGGGUUCCCAACUUUAUGGUCAACAUUGAGAAUUAUCGUAACAAACUAGAGAAAAUUGUCAAAGCCAAUGGACUCGACGAUUAUGAACUGGAGAAAAUGUAGUUCCUGUGAUAGUUUCCCCUUUUGAAUAUUGUUUUUUUCCUUGGCUUAUAGGAUGUACUUUAUGGCAGAGUUUUGUGUACAGCCGUAAAUACUCAAUUUGUGUCUGUCCCGUUAUCAGGCCACUGUAGCGUAUUGUAUUGUGAGAUUGUGAAACGGUUUUGUACAUGCAGCGUCUCUUGGUGGGGACACACCAUUUGAAUUCUUCAUGGAAAUGAAUCUUCCUAAUUUGUUCCAUCUCAUUGGAGAUGCAAUGUAGUUAUUUAGCAGUAUUGUAAGCAUUCCAAUGAUUUCGAUAUUUUUUGUGGUAUAAUUUCUUAAGACCUAACAUUCCUUCAUACUGUGUUAAGUGUGACAUGUUUUGUGCCAAGAUGAUGAGAACUGAGAUAUGUUUCCAUUCUAAUGUGUUCAUUCCUGGUUUACAGAUACCGACUGAAUAACUUGCAUAAUCAACAUGACUUGGUGGAUGAUUUUAACAUCCCCAUCAUAAACUCGACUCAUUAGUCUUUCCAUUUAAGAUCACAGUAUAUCCAGUUGGUCAUAGACAGUUUAA